GUGGCUGCGUCUGCGCAAAGGAAGCCACCUGCUCCUGCGGCAAACAACCCGCCCUGCACUGCACCUGCGAAAAAGCCGCCACCGAAAACAAAGUCGAAGGCGCACGCUGCUCAUGCAAUCAACGCGCCGCCGGUGCCUGCACUUGCAGCCGCUCCUCCCAAGAAAACACAAAGCCUAGUGGUAGCACCUGUGCUUGUGGCAAGAGAUCAAAGGAUUCUUGCUCUUGCAAUGGCACUGAAGCUGGUGCUGGAGGCGAUUACCCCACGAAACCGACUUCACCACCAAAGCUUAAACAACCUUUUACGACUUUCAUCAUUACGAGCAUCUUUAUUUUGCAUGACCAUU